UAUUCGAUUUGAACACUCUUUGCCAUUUGCAACCACUUUAACCCUUUUUAACGUAAUAUUUUCCAUUGGGGUUUGAAAUCCGUUAACUUUACGUAAAAAAUCACAAACAAAUUUAAUUUUCUUUGGCCCAUCACUACCGGGAAUGUUUGUUUUGAGUAGGUUGACAGCACAAACCAACAACAAAACAAAAUGUAAACAAACUCUCCGCCGCUUUGGAAAAUUGUGGGCAAAAGCCGGAAAAUCUAUACCGAUAUGGUGUGUACACAUCGAAAAGAAUAGACAAAAGUCAUAAAACAAAUUUGAGGAACGGAAAGUAUAGAAAUAGGUACAUCAUAAUGUAUCUGAAUCUAAAUAUCGGCAUCCUGGGUCAUGUGGAUUCGGGAAAGACAACGCUAGCCAAAGCACUGAGUGCGAUCGCUAGUACGGCAGCUUUUGAUAAAAACCCACAAUCUCAAGAACGUGGGAUUACCCUGGAUCUUGGUUUUAGUGCCCUACAGAUAGAUUUGCCAGACCUUUUGCGGGAGCAAUGCAUGGAACAGGGUUACGAAAAACUUCAAUACACCUUUGUCGAUUGUCCCGGGCAUGCCAGUCUCAUACGAACCAUCAUCGGAGGUGCACAGAUAAUCGAUAUGAUGCUGCUAGUGAUCGAUUCGGAAAAGGGAAUUCAACCUCAAACGGCUGAAUGUCUAAUAAUAGGCGAACUAACAUGUCGGAAGAUGAUCAUUGUAUUGAACAAAAUCGAUGUGCUGCGAGAUCCAAUCCAGCAGAAGAAAACAUUAGAACGCUUAAAGAAAGGCAUUGCGGGUGUGCUUUCCAAGAUGUCUUUCGGUGAAACGCCCAUCAUAUCAAUUUCAGCAACGACAGGUGAAAACAUCACAACGCUAGUAGAAGCGAUGAAAUCAAAGUCGUUCAUCCCGGAAAGAAAUCUGAAUCUGCCGUUUAUGUUUGCCGUCGAUCAUUGCUUCGCAAUCAAGGGUCAAGGUACAGUCUGUACCGGAACGGUAUUGCAAGGAAAGUUGAGCGUAAACGAUGAAGUUGAGAUCCCGAAAUUAAAACUGCAAAGGAAGGUCAAAUCGAUACAAAUGUUUCGCAAAAGCUUCCAAACCAUUCGUCAGGGCGAUCGGGCCGGUAUUUGUAUUACUCAAUUUGAUCCAAAAUCCUUGGAACGUGGUAUAUUGUGCGCUUCAAAUUAUGUCCAUUGCGUGUACGCAGCGAUAGUGCGAUUAAACUGCGUAAAAUAUUACAAACGUCCAAUAAAAUCGAAAGCAAAAUUUCACAUCACCUGCGGGUACGAGACGGUCGUGGCCACGAUUUUACUAUUCACUGCUGAGGUAGAAACCUUUUCCUAUGCACACCAGUACGAAUAUUUAGAGGAAAUAGCAACAGAUCGAGAUGCUAGCGGAAACGUUUUUGCACUGCUCGAGUUUGAAACGCCAGUCCUGGCUCCUCAAAAUGCGCUUAUCAUUGGUUCGAAGUUGGACAGUGAUGUGCAUGCAGCAGAUUGCAGAAUAGCUUUUUCUGGCCAAUUAGCGCAAGUGAUACGGGACAGCAAAUACACCGAAACGGUACUACCGGAGCUGCAAAUAUACAAACACAAAGCAAAAACUGGUUCAAUUCAACGGGUAGUAAGUGAAACAGAAUUAAUAGCGGUGGGUCUUUUUAAAAAAUCGGCCAACAACCGUCAAGCUUUCGUUGGGCUCGGUAUUAGCUUGUCAAGUGGGGAAAGUGGCAUUAUUCAGGACACUUUUGGUGCUAGCGGGAAGGUAAAGCUGCACUUCCCAGAACCCGUUGCAGCCGAUGUCUUGAAACGGAUAGCUCAAAAGGGACCAUCGCCAGACGGUGAGGUAAAGGUGGAGCUUAGAUUUAAAAAGUUCCUGUUCCGCAAAAAUGCGAAAGUUCAAAAAGUGAUUCAAUAAACAUGUUCAAUGCGAUUGAUUUAAAUUGAUGGAGUUUUUUUAUUGCUAAUUGAACAACACGCAACUGUGAUACAUCACCGACCGGUAAGGGUUAA